UGCUCAGUGUUCGGAAAUUGUGUAAACGAAGCAUCCACAAGCUCUCUCUCUCUCUCUCUCUCUGACUCCCUUGUUCGCUCGCUCGUUCGAUCGGGGAUUCUGGGAUUUCGGGGAAGUUAAGAGUAAGAAAUCGCUCGUGUUGGGGGGCACGCGAAGCUUCGAUUUUUCUUUUGAAAUGGUUGUGAUGUGUUGCGAAGCUUUCGUCGCUGAAGAAGAGACGAUUGAAGAAGGCGAGUGGGAGAAAGAGAGAUAACGGGGGAAGGAAGUUUUGAUUCGCGAAGCAGACGAGCGGUUGGGAUUUGGGAAAGAAGCGCCGGCGGGGGUCUCUUCCAAUUUGCUUCUGCUGGGUUUUUAACCAUGUCCGCAACCAUAGUAAGUGACCCUUUGGUGAUCUCAACCCCGGAGGCUCAACCAUCUGCCAUACUCGGGGGCACAGCUCAAAUUGAUGUGGAAUCCGCCAUAUGUGACUGCUGUGGGUUGACAGAAGAAUGCACACCUGCGUACAUCGAACGCAUCCGAGAGCGAUAUCACGGUAAAUGGAUAUGCGGGCUCUGCGCGGAGGCCAUAAAAGAUGAAAUUGUAAGAACAGAGAGGCUUGUUAGUACUGAAGAGGCCAUGACCAGGCAUAUGAACUUCUGCAAGAAGUUCAAGUCAUCAGAGCCACCUCCAGAUCCUACAGUACACUUGAUAUCUGCCAUGAGACAUCUUCUAAGGCGGAGUUUGGAAUCGAGAUCCCCCCCUAGCAGCCCGAUGAGGAAAGAGACGCGAAUGCCUCGCACGCCGCUGACUCGGUCAGAAAGCUGCUUUUCGACUCUAACUGGCUGAUUGGGACAUGCAGAAUGGAAACAGGAAAUAGGUGAAAGCGGUGCAUCAAGCGUUGCAUCUAGUACAAAAUAAUGGAAAAAGAAAAGAAUCGAGGAUAGAUGCUUGUUACAGAAGCUGGUAUCAUGAAAUACGGAAGUUCUCUUUGUUAUUGGAAAUCUAAUUUCUCUUUAGAAGAUUUUGGCAUCUGGGUCUCA